AAAGUUAAAAAAAAAAUAAUAAAUACCUCACAAUGACGGAACGUUAUGGUAAUGGGGUUAAAACGGAUCUACUGGAGUUACCACAUCGUGCUUCGAUAAAAGAGAAAAAUGAACCGAAUGAUGGGCUUCCUAUUAGUAACGGUGAUCAGGGUGACAAAAUUGUGUUGAAACGUAAAUUGACGCUAAUGAAUGGUGUUGCAAUAAUUGUGGGAACAAUUAUUGGAUCGGGCAUCUUUAUCGCCCCCACUGGUGUGUUUAAAUACACAGAAUCUGUCGGCAGUUCCUUAUUGAUUUGGUCGGCUUGUGGCAUUUUAUCAACAAUUGGCGCUUUAUGCUAUGCCGAACUUGGGACAAGUAUCACAAGGUCUGGUGGUGAUUAUGCAUAUUUAUUGGUGGCAUUUGGCCCUCUUGUAGGCUUUCUACGUUUAUGGAUUGCUCUACUGAUCAUAAGGCCCACAACGCAGACUAUUGUCGCCCUGACAUUUGCCCAAUAUGCUGCCAAACCAUUUUUUGAAGACUGCGAGCCACCUGAAAAUGCCGUUAAGCUUUUGGGAGCUGUUUGUUUAUGUUUACUCACCGCCAUUAAUUGUUUAUCGGUCAAAUGGUCCAUGAAAGUUCAAGACAUCUUUACAGCGGGGAAACUAUUGGCUUUGGUAAUGAUUAUAUUGGCUGGAAUCUAUCAAAUGGCUACUGGUCAAAUGGAAAACUUUGAAAAUAUGUGGGAAGGCAAUUACGGCAUAGAGAAUAUUGGAUUUGCCUUCUAUUCAGGACUUUUUGCUUUUGGUGGCUGGAAUUAUUUAAAUUUUGUAACAGAAGAGUUACAGGAUCCCUACAAGAAUCUCCCUCGUGCAAUAUGGAUUGCAAUGCCCUUAGUAACUGGCAUAUAUGUUUUGGUUAACCUUGCGUACUUUGCUGUGGUUUCCAAAACCGAAAUGUUGAGUUCCCUAGCGGUGGCAGUAACAUUCGGAAAUCGCAUGUUUGGUUCGCUAUCAUUUAUGGUGCCCAUUUUUGUGGCUCUAAGUACAUUUGGCGGUGUUAAUGGAGUACUUUUUACAUCGGCCCGCCUGUUUGCAACAGGUGCACAAGAGGGACACUUACCAAAAUUCUUUCAACUAUUUCACAUAAAACAGCAGACGCCAAUACCAUCAUUAAUUUUUUCGUGUCUAAUGUCCUUGUUGAUGCUAUUGACCGCUGAUGUUUAUGCAUUGAUCAAUUACUUCAGUUCAGUAUUGUGGCUUUCGGUGGUGGCCAGUAUUGCUGGUAUGUUGUGGCUAAGGAAAAAAAGACCCGAUCUGCCCCGUCCUAUACGCGUACACACAGCACUACCCAUAAUUUUCAUUAUUUGUUGCAUUGUUCUGGUUCUUAUGCCCAGUUUUACACAACCAAUGAACCUUUUAAUGGGUCUUGCCAUCACUUUGGCUGGUGUGCCAUUUUAUUAUGUCUUUAUAGCCUGGAAAGAUAAACCCAAAUGUUAUGGACGCUUUUCGCAUGGUGUUGUCAACUUAUGUCGGGCUUUGUUCAAUACGACAGUCAUUGAGGGCCGUGAGAGUAUAUAAAAACUCAACCAUAAAUCUCAAACUGUUAAAAUAAUAAAAACAAGAAAAAUCCAAUAAAUAUUGGCAUAAAAUCUCUAAGCUUUUCAAUGCUAUUCUAACUUGAAAAGUGUGUUUGACCCAUUUUAUAUUAUAAACAAUAAUAAUGUGAAUUGAAGUGCAUGUAUGUUAAUAUUUUUGAUAAAACUGUAUAAUCUCGUAAUUGUAUUUUUGUGUAAUAUUUUUACUAUAUAAGUAAGCUCGAAUAUUGAGAAUCUUUAAAGAAAAUCCUAAUAUAGUCCCUGGCAGUUUCUAUAAAUCCUAGCUUCAGUUUUCUUUUCUCAAUUGCAUAUGAUAUUAUUUUUUAAUUGUACUUAAAACAUUUGCUAUUAAGCUAAGUUUACAUGUAAAGAUUAUUGUGUUAAACUUAAUUAUUAACUUAUUUUGUAUCUGAGAGUUGGUAGCCAACUACUUGCUAUCAAACUGUUAAAAAAAGGAAAGUGAAUGAAAAAUGUGUGAAAUAAAAAAAAUAUUUUCAGUAUGAUGUAAAA